CAUCCAUCCACGAUACGCCACAGCUAAAGAAGUCCCGCCCAUCUCUCCCUCUUCAUCCACCACGCCGCCCAUCUCACCCUUCAGAAUAAUGCAAGAAUGCAGCAUCCGAUAUUCACCGGCUCGUCACGUCGACAACGGCAGGUGAACCUGUCAGGCCGCCCCACCAACCCGUUUGCCUCAGCCUCAUCUCACAGCUCCGGCCCGCAAGCAGCGAUAGCAUCAGCGCAGCAGGAUCGCAUAGCUCGUCAACAACAGCGCGAGAGGCUGCACGCAUCAUCACGCAUUCAACGAGUCUGGAGGGGCCAUAGCACUCGGCGGAAGACCUUUCGAGCGUGGCGACAGUUGUGGGAUCAGCGGGAAGAGGAGGCCACGGCGGCGAAUCAUGGCGCAUAUCAGUCGGCAGAGGAGACUUUGACUCAGCUGAGUCGUUUGCUACUCUUCUAUACUCCUCGCGAAGAUGUCAAGAGGUUGAGUUGGUAUGGAUCACGCCAGAUGGCUACCGACGCGGCUGUAGCUUGUCAAGGCGGCCGAUGGCCCAAAGCAUACUUGGGUCUGUUAAGAGCUUGCAUAUCGGCGCUUCGAGAGAGGACAUCCGCAGAUCCAGAGACGGACAAAAUGCUAUUGGUCAUCUCUGCCUUUGCGUCGAGGAGAACAGUGGUGGACCGACGGGAUGCGAUAUCAUACUACGAUGCCCUUACGAAGCUACGAGAUGUGCCUUCCGAAAUCUUCCAACAAGCGCUCAUUGCACCCUUGCAAAACUCCCCUGAAGCAUACACCGGCCUUGCAGUCUUACUAUCUCGACCACUCGCAUCCGAAAUGCUCACCUUACUACGGGCAUCCGUCGACGCAACGGCGCUCACCCAUGCUUUGGCACGGACGAAAGACCCAAAGACUCGUGCCUCUCCACAAUCAAACCUCUGGCUAUUGGGGAAUACGAUAUACAUCGCUGGUGCCUCCCCAACCGAAGCACUGAUUGCAACUGUGGCGAGACUGCUCGGCUCGCUUGCAGAGGAUGUGGAUUUCGAAAGCACCGCCAUUGACCUGGACAACGUCUCUUUCGAUCGCGACGUGCUCUCCAAGAUUUCCACCGGACUUCCCCUUAACACCUACCUACACGAGCAGGUCAACUCGCUGAUCGAUCAACACUCCAUCCGCAACCUCCUAGUCCGCAGCAGUGGCACUCACGAUAACGACACAGUCAACGCACAGCUUCUCGCCGGCUAUGCUUUGACUCUCCUUCGGUGCUUUCCACGACGAGCUGACGACAUUCGGAUGUGGCUUUACCUUGGCCCUACCAACUCUACCACGUCCAACACGCCUGCAACGCAAUACUUCUGGAACUCUGCUCGAAGUACACCCGUCUUCUCUACCGUGUGGGGAAACUCUCGAAGCGUUGUUGCUCUGCUGACUUCGGAGCCUACAUCGGAAGUGAGAGACCAGUGGACAGUCAUCCUGGUUUUCUUGGAGCUGUACACAUUCCUACUGAAGAUUAUGGAUGAUGAAGAGUUCAUGGGCACGGGCAAGAGGACUGCUGCGAUCCCACUAUCUCAGGUCGCCGAGCUAGUCACCUUUUUGAAGAACCUCGGAUUCACUCUGUACUUCAACGCCUCCGACCUGAACACCGCGGGCGGCGCAGGUGCAGGUGAUACCGCAAGCAUCGAUCUGAGCCGUCACUUUGGGAAUGCACCAAACAAGGCAGAUAGCGCAAGGUCCAACGAUGCAACGAACCCGCUUGUCGUGGCUGGCCUGUCCGGGUUGACGGUAGACUAUCUCAAAGGGCUCGUCACCGGUCUUUUGCGAGCAAUCUACGAACGAGACUCCAGACGCCAUUUCCUCGGUCCCGAUCAUUGGCUCAUGACCUCUAGAUUUGACAUGACAUCUUUCAUCUCUGGCGUGGUGUUGGAAGAAGAAUCACGACACUUGAUCCAGGAGCAAGAUGAUGAAGACAAGGACCCCGAGUCUGACGAAGAAGAUGUGAUUGACAAUACCCCUCGUGCGAGGGGUCACAUGAGUGCGCUUCGCUCCCAAGCAGCCAAGGCAAGGGCUCAACGAAGAGCCUCGAGGAAGCGAUACCUGGAAUCUGUGGCGCCUCGCCUCGAGAUAUUGCAGAACAUGCCUUUCUUCAUCCCUUUCACGACACGAGUUGAGAUCUUCCGGCAGUUUGUCCAGCUUGAUCAGGAGAAGAGGCGAGGCGGCCAUACCGAUCCGGAUCUCUGGAGGCAUAACAUGAUGUUUAACCCUUCCAACGGCGUACCCGGACGAGACUUGCUGUCACGGCACCAUGCCAAGAUCAGGCGAAAGAACGAAUUCAGCGACGCCUUUGAACAGUUCUACGAUUUGGGUGCCAACUUGAAGGAGCCAAUCCAAAUCACCUUUGUCGAUGAGUUCGACAUGCCAGAAGCUGGCAUCGAUGGCGGAGGGGUGACGAAAGAGUUCCUCACCAGCGUCAUCACGCAGGCAUUCGACAUCAACAAUGAUCUUGUCGAAAAGUUCUUCAUAGAGAACGACAAGCAUCUCUUGUAUCCGAAUCCAACUGCGUUGGAUGACCUGAAAGUUCGUUGGAGGGAGAUGGGAUUCAAAGACAAUCAUCCAGCUGUUCGGAAUGAGGUUCGAUCUUUCCUGCAGCAGUAUGAGUUUCUUGGGCGGAUCAUCGGGAAAUGUCUCUACGAAGGUAUCCUGGUUGAUGUGAACUUUGCGGGCUUCUUCUUGAAGAAGUGGGCUCUCACUGGCGGUGCUGGAUCUGCUCCCAACGAAAGCGGGUACCGGGCAAAUAUCAACGACCUCCGAGAGCUGGACGAAGAUCUCUACCGCGGCCUACUCAGUCUCAAGACUGAUCCCGAUGUACAGCAACUGGGCCUGACGUUUACCGUCGACGACAUGGUAGGAGUGGAAGGCCGCAAAGAAGUCAUAGAGCGCGAGCUCGCCCCCAACGGCGCCAACACCACCGUAACCAACGAAAACCGCCUCAUCUACAUCAACCGCAUGUCGCGCUACCGCCUGCAAGAGCAAUCUGCCCCGCAAUCCAACGCCUUCCUCCGCGGCCUCGGCUCCAUCGUCCAGCCCAGCUGGCUGAACAUGUUCAACCAGUCCGAACUCCAAACGCUGAUAGGCGGCGCCUCCGCUUCCAUCGACGUCCAGGACCUCCGCCAAAACACCCUCUACGGCGGCACAUACGUCAUCGGCGACGACGGUCGCGAACACCCCUCCGUGCAGCUGUUCUGGGACGUCAUGGCCUCCCUGCCGGACGCGGAUCGGCGUGCGGUGCUCAAGUUUGUCACGAGUACGCCGCGCGGCCCGCUGCUGGGGUUUGGCAAUCUGAAUCCGCGCUUCAGUAUUCGCGACUCGGGCAGUGAUGAGAAUCGUUUGCCGUCGACGAGUACGUGUGUGAAUUUGCUCAAGCUGCCGAUGUACAAGACGGAGAAGGUGUUGAGGGAGAAGUUGCUUGCGGCUGUCAAUAGUGGAGCUGGGUUUGAUUUGAGCUAGGUGGAUGGUGGUGGAGAUGAGCUGUUUGUUGGAGAGUAGCAUUAGCGUGUUAGUUCGUCGUAGUUUGGGAGUAUUCAGCGUCAAUAUUGAGGAGCGAAUGAUCGAAUAUCGUCCGGCCUUCACCCUGUCAUGUGACACUGAUUGGUCCGAGCUCCGGGAGUGGCCGGGGCUAGGGAAUGUCCAAGGUUUGAUUCACGACGCGCCAAACCUCACUCAUUAAGCAAAGCUCCG